AUGGACACAACUGUGACAAAAGGUGUGCAAAUUGUAAUUGCAACUCGAAGAUUAAACGAUUUGGUUCAAGCAAAUGUAUUGGAUGUGUCGGCUGUGACGUAUCUUAUACUCGAUGAAGCAGAUCGUAUAGUGGACAUGGGUUUCAAACCUCAAAUUCGUAAGACUCUUCUAGGUGUACGACCAAAUAGACAAACUGUUAUGACAAGCGCUACGUGGCCCCAGGGUAUAAGACGCUUAGCCCAGUCAUACAUGAAAAAUCCGAUUCAAGUAUUUGUUGGAUCAUUUGACUUAGCAGCUGUUCAUUCUGUAACACAGAGGAUUAUGGGUAUGAUCAAUGUAAUGCUACAAAUGCUUUAAAGCAUGCAUCAAUUCUUCCAAGAAAUGGGCCCUCACGAUAAAGUUAUAAUAUUUUUUGAUAAGAAAUCAAAAGUGGACGAUAUUUUUAGUGAUCUGGCUUUAACGAAUAUCGAUUGUCAGAGUAUUCACGGCGAUAGAGAUCAAUCAGAUAGAGAACAAGCAUUAGAAGAUCUGAAGACUGGAGCCAUUCAGAUCCUUCUCGCAACCGACGUGGCUAGUCGAGGAAUCGAUAUUGAAGAUAUUACACACGUACUGAAUUAUGACUUCCCAUGGGAUAUAGAGGAAUACGUUCACCGAGUCGGUCGUACUGGACCCGCAGGUCGAACAGAUGAAAGUAUCACUUUUAUGACAAGACAGGACUGGCAUCAUGCUAAAGCACUCAUUGAUAUUCUUGAAGAGGCUAAUCAGGAAGUACCUGAGGAAGUAUAUAAAAUGGCUGAAAGAUAUGAUGCAUGGAAAAAGAAAAAAGAACAAGAAGAUCCAUAUGGAAGAGGCAAUAGAGGUGGUAGACGCGGCUAUCGUAGGAUGUAACAUGAUUAAUUAAUGAUGUUAGGACUUAGGUUACAUUAUGUUUAGUAUAAUUAGUACCAAAUUUAACACAUACAUAUUGUGAUACUAUUUUUAGUCCAUACAAUAUCGGUAAGACUAAUUUCGUGAAACAAAACGGUGUUCCUUUUCUUUAUUUUUUUGUU